GCUGGUGCGCCCUGACAAUAGAUAGCGAGGCUCGGGAAAGCGCCGCCUGGAAGCAGGAGCUAUGCCUGUCCCAGACCAGCCUUCGUCAGCCUCCGACAAGACCAGCUCGCUGAGCCCUGGCUUAACCACCUCCAACGGGGAUGGCUCAGAAGCAGAAACCACCUCUGCCAUCCUGGCCUCUGUCAAAGAGCAGGAGUUACAGUUCGAAAGGCUGACCCGAGAGCUGGAGGCGGAACGCCAGAUCGUGGCCAGCCAGCUGGAGCGAUGCAAGCUGGGGUCCGAGACCGGAAGCGUGAGCAGCAUCAGUUCAACAGAAGAGCAGUUUCACUGGCAAUCACAAGAUGGUCAAAAAGACAUCGAAGAUGAACUUACAACAGGCCUGGAGCUGGUGGAUUCCUGUAUUAGAUCUCUGCAGGAAUCAGGAAUACUUGACCCGCAGGAUUAUUCAACAAGCGAAAGGCCCAGCCUGCUCUCCCAGAGUGCACUUCAGCUCAAUUCCAAACCUGAAGGGUCCUUCCAGUACCCAGCCAGCUACCACAGCAGCCAGACCCUUGCCCUGGGUGAAGCGGCCCCCACACAGCUUCCCGCCCGCGCCACGCAAGCCCGGGGUGCCGGCCAGAGCUUCAGCCAGGGCGCCGCCUACGCCGCGCCCCGCGGCUCCUCGCCCAAGCAGUCGCCCAGCCGCCUGGCCAAGUCCUACAGCACCAGCUCGCCCAUCAACAUCGUCGUGUCCUCGGCCGGCCUGUCCCCGAUCCGCGUGACCUCGCCGCCCACCGUGCAGUCCACCCUCUCCUCCUCCCCUAUCCACCAGCUGAGCUCCACCAUAGGCACCUACGCCACCCUGUCGCCCACCAAGCGCCUGGUGCACGCGUCCGAGCCCUACGGCAAGCACUCGCAGGAACUCUAUGCCACGGCCACGCUCCAGAGGCCGGGCAGCCUGGCAGCUGGGUCCCGGGCCUCAUACAGCAGCCAGCACAGCCACCUGGGCCCCGAGCUGCGGGCCCUGCAGUCCCCAGAGCACCACAUCGACCCCAUCUAUGAAGACCGCGUCUACCAGAAGCCUCCCAUGAGGAGUCUCAGCCAGAGCCAGGGGGACCCUCUGCCUCCAGCCCACACCGGCACCUACCGCACGAGCACAGCCCCAUCUUCCCCCGGCGUCGACUCCGCCCCCUUGCAGCGCACAGGCAGCCAGCACAGCGCGCAGAACGCCACGGCCACCUUCCAGAGGGCCAGCUACGCCGCGGGCCCCGCCUCCAACUACGGGGAUCCCUACCGACAGCUGCAAUACUGCCCCUCGGUGGAGUCCCCCUACAGCAAGUCCGGCCCCGCCCUCCCGCCCGAAGGCACCCUGGCCAGAUCCCCGUCCAUCGACAGCAUCCAGAAAGACCCCAGAGAAUUUGGAUGGAGAGACCCAGAACUGCCUGAAGUGAUCCAGAUGUUGCAACAUCAGUUCCCUUCGGUCCAGUCAAAUGCUGCAGCCUAUUUACAGCACCUCUGUUUUGGAGACAAUAAAAUUAAAGCCGAGAUAAGGAGACAAGGAGGCAUCCAGCUGCUGGUGGAUCUCUUGGACCACCGGAUGACGGAAGUGCACCGCAGUGCCUGUGGAGCCUUGAGAAACUUGGUGUACGGGAAGGCCAAUGACGAUAACAAAAUCGCCCUGAAAAACUGUGGCGGGAUCCCCGCGCUGGUGAGGUUACUCCGCAAGAGCACAGACCUGGAGAUCCGGGAGUUGGUCACAGGGGUCCUGUGGAACCUCUCCUCCUGCGAUGCCCUCAAAAUGCCAAUCAUCCAGGACACCCUGGCAGUGUUGACUAACGCAGUGAUCAUCCCGCACUCGGGCUGGGAAAACUCACCGCUUCAGGAUGAUCGGAAGAUACAGCUGCAUUCCUCACAGGUGCUGCGAAAUGCCACCGGAUGCCUAAGGAAUGUCAGCUCGGCCGGAGAGGAGGCGCGGAGGAGGAUGCGGGAGUGUGACGGGCUCACAGACGCGCUGCUCUACGUGAUCCAGGCCGCGCUGGGCAGCAGUGAGAUCGACAGCAAGACCGUUGAAAACUGUGUGUGCAUUUUAAGGAACCUCUCGUACCGGCUGGCAGCAGAAACGUCUCAGGGACAGCACAUGGGCACGGACGAGCUGGACGGGCUUCUGUGCGGGGAGGCCAACGGCAAGGACGGCGAGAGCUCGGGCUGCUGGGGCAAGAAAAAGAAGAAGAAGAAGGCCCAGGACCAGUGGGAUGGAGUAGGACCUCUUCCAGACUGUGCAGAGCCUCCCAAAGGGAUCCAGAUGCUGUGGCAUCCAUCAAUAGUCAAACCCUACCUCACACUGCUCUCUGAGUGCUCAAACGCAGACACGCUGGAAGGGGCGGCUGGCGCUCUGCAGAACUUGGCUGCAGGGAGCUGGAAGUGGUCAGUUUACAUCCGAGCUGCGGUCCGGAAGGAGAAAGGCCUGCCCAUCCUCGUCGAGCUGCUCCGCGUGGACAACGACCGUGUGGUGUGCGCGGUGGCCACAGCGCUGCGGAACAUGGCCCUGGACGUCAGGAACAAGGAGCUCAUCGGGGGAGAUGCCCAGGUCGAGGCUGGGGAUGCCCAGGGGACCAUGCACCUCCCACAGACCAUGGUCCUGGUGCGCCCCUGGGGUGCAGAGCUGCUGCCACGCCCGGCUGGCAUCGACUGCAGACACUCUCCAAAAGUGGUCAAGGCUGCAUCUCAGGUCCUAAGCAGCAUGUGGCAGUACCGAGAUCUGAGGAGCCUCUACAAAAAGGUGUUUGCACAGGUGUUGGCUCAGGAAGGCUGUGCGCAGCGAGCUGCUGUCGGCUCAGACGUGGGCGCCUUCCCUCCAGGCUGGUGUCUGGGCCUCAAUGGGACUCACUGGGCAACGCUGCUCUGCCCCGUCAAAGCCCCUCGGGAGCGCUGGGUGACCCCACGGGGUCCGAGGAAAGCCGCAGAGCAGUCUGGGGAGCGCAGGCUGCUCCCCAGGAAUCUGAGCUGUGACAUCACGGCCCAGUCAGUGGGCUCAGAAGCCAGGCUACUGCCCGCUGUUAUUCGCGGCCUGGAGUCGUCACAGCCAGGCAUGCGGGAAGGGGAGCUCGAUGUCCACGUGGCAGCCACGUGUGAACCUGGAGUGACCGAGGCCCGCUGCCGCCGAGCACGUCGACAGCGGCCAGAGCCGAGCCCCGCUGCGGCUCCCUCUGAGCGCCUACAAGAACACCCCAGAGACGAAAGGGAGCGGGGAGAGCAGGCCCGGGAGCUGGAGGCGGCCGGCGUGGUGCAUUACCUGCACGUCAAGUUGUGUUCAUGCAAAAAGUGCAUCGGAGCCCGAGGACAGCUGGGCACCUUUGGUCACAGACACAGGGCGGAGAAGCCAGAGCGCCCAGGGCCUAAAAAGCUCUCGCUCCAGGAGGCUUCCCGAGCCCAGGCCGCCCUGGCGCCGCCCCGUCCUGGGAAACCCAUGCAGGAGGCAGGACAGCCCGCUCAUGCCCCCGGAGCUUCUGGCAAGCGCAAAGGCAGCUUCUCCCCACGGUCAACAGCAGGACAAGCUCGCCGGCCCGCUCAAAAUACUGGAAUUUCGACUUUGUAUAGAAAUUCAUAUGGUGCGCCCGCCGAGGACAUCAAACACAACCAGGUUUCAGCACAGCCCGUCCCACAGGAGCCCAGCAGAAAAGACUACGAGACCUACCAGCCAUUCCAGAAUUCCACGCGAAAUUACGACGAGUCCUUCUUCGAGGACCAGGUCCACCAUCGUCCUCCCGCCAGCGAGUACACCAUGCACCUGGGCCUCAAGUCCACUGGCAACUAUGUCGACUUCUACUCCGCCGCCCGACCCUACAGUGAACUGAACUAUGAGACAAGCCACUAUCCCGCCUCCCCCGACUCGUGGGUGUGAGGGGGAGGCGCCCGCAACAGUGCAUGUGCAUGCCUACCACGAGACAUUGCUUUCUUUUUUUUCCCCUGCGAAUUUAGUUUGUUAAAGCCUGUUCCGUAGGAAGGCUGUGAUAACCCGUCAGGAAAUACUCAGAGCUGUUUUAGAAAGCUAAACACACCGAGAGUUAACUCGGAAGUCGCUAGGAAGCUUAGACGACCCUGAAGCGGACGUGGCGCGACGCGUGGCCUGAGCCGUAGAGGGGCCGAAGUGCUCGAUACCGAACGUGGCUGCCACAGCAGGACGCGGUGGGCCGGGGCGUGCAGGCGAGGCACCCGGGGCAGACUUCAACACUGUAGGGGCGGCUUCUCACGCUUUGUUUACUCUUCAUCCGUUGUGAUUCUAGGCUUCACGUUGCAUUGGGGUUCCUCUGUACAGCAAGACGUUUCUUGCCUUUUGUUAAUGCAUUGUUGUAAAGUAUUUGAUGUACAUUACAGAUUAAAGAAGAAGAGAGCAUUGUGUAUAUUACACCAAUGCAGAAGUCUCUCCUCAUCUAUGGUUCUAAAUAUUGCUUCAGUUUCAAACUUUUGGAAGAUGUAUGGAUUUCCAGUUUUUUCUUUUUCUUUUCUUUCUCCCAGUAUGUUUUAACAAAAAAAAUGGGAAAAAAAGGAAUAUUUAGCAGUAUUGUUCGUUCUGAUCUGUGAAUUUGUUUGUGGCAACUAAGCAAGGCGUUCAGCAGUUUCUGACGAUUAACAUCCACCAUUCCACACUCCUUGUCAACAAAGUGCUUUUUCACUGCCUAAAAUUUUAGAUGUAGAUAUUUGAAAUAGAUUUUUUCAUUUAUACCAGUUUUCUUUAUGAUGAUACAGUGUUAAAAGAAAAUAAAUUACAAUUGAUCUGUCAUCCAUAUUUGCUAAGAAUGUCUAUUUCCAAGGACCAAUCUUACAAAAUACACAUUCUUGCUCGUAUGUCUGUGCGUGCGUGGGGGUGCGUAUGUCCCUGUAUGUAUAAAAAUGACCUGUGUGAGACUUUAUUUUGAUAGAAGCGCUUUCAUUUGCUGUUCAUCUUGUACAAACUUGGUUUUUGGUUUUUGGUAUAAAUGUACAUCUGUUUGUUACUGUAUCUAUUCUCCAACCAUCUAGUGACUCAGGAUAUUAGGCCAGUUGAAGUAAAGUUAGAGGAUUUUCACCCAUUCUUGGAGACAGACUCUUUCUACAGGUCCAUGUCCAUCCAUGUUUUAUGCCCUCAGAACAUGAUAAACCAAGGCCAACUCGAUCAUUUCACUUUGGGGCCAAUUACUUGAAGUAUCCACAGAAAAUAUGAACUGCUCACCUUCUUCCCCCAAAACCUUUUCGUUCGUGUGGCAGGGAGCAGUAACAACUAGGGAGUAGAUGACUCAAGUUGAACUUGAAGCUAAUGUUAGACUAGUGGUUAACAGAGCUACGAAAUGAGGCUAACCAUUUAAAGAACACGGGCUGUGGAUAAAUUAGCUUUGCUCUUUAGAUGCAAGUGACUGAGGCCAUAGGUGCCUAGUAAAUGUUAACUGUUCUUGAAAAAAUAAA